UUUCCUCUUUUGGAUCCAGCUAGUCCGAAAGGGAGAAGCCCGAGAGAACCUACCACCAACCCGCCGCUAACCCCCCACUCAAGCAGCAACCAUGGUGAACUUCACGGUCGACCAGAUGCGUGAGAUCAUGGACCACACGAAGAACAUUCGUAACAUGUCCGUGAUUGCCCACGUCGAUCACGGUAAGUCGACGCUGACCGACUCUCUGGUGUCCAAGGCCGGUAUUAUCUCGGCCAAGCACGCCGGUGAGGCCCGUUUCACGGACACCCGUGCCGAUGAGCAGGAGCGUUGCAUUACCAUCAAGUCGACGGGUAUCUCGAUGUUCUUCGAGUACGACAUGGACGUCGGUGAGCAGGCCACGGCUGACGCUAUCGCCAAGGAAUCGACCGAGGAGCUCGCUCCCGGCCAGGAGGUUGUGAUCAACAAGAACUCGUAUUUGAUUAACCUUAUCGACUCGCCUGGUCACGUUGACUUUUCGUCCGAAGUGACGGCUGCUCUGCGUGUGACGGACGGUGCUCUGGUCGUGGUGGACUGCAUUGAAGGUGUCUGCGUGCAGACCGAGACAGUGUUGCGUCAGUCGAUCGGUGAGCGUGUCAAGCCCGUGCUUAUGGUGAACAAGGUGGACCGUGCUCUUCUGGAGCUGCACCUUGAGCCAGAGGACUGCUACCAGUCGUUCACGCGUGCUAUUGAGACGGUGAACGUGGUCAUUGCCACCUACUUCGACGAGAAGCUGGGUGACGUCCAGGUGUACCCCGAGAAGGGUACGGUUGCCUUCGGUUCGGGUCUCCACCAGUGGGGUUUCACCCUGAAGAAGUUCGCUCGUCUUUACUCGAAGAAGUUCGGUAUUGCUGAGGACAAGAUGAUGCAGAAGCUGUGGGGCGACUGGUACUUCGACGCCGCUAACAAGAAGUGGACGAGCAAGAACAACGCCGAGGGCACGCUCAAGCGUGCUUUCUGCCAGUUCAUUAUGGACCCCAUCAUCAAGAUGUUCGACGCCAUCAUGAACGACAAGAAGGCCAAGUACGAGAAGAUGAUGAAGGCUGUGGGUGUGGAGCUCAAGUCGGACGAGAAGGAACUGACUGGCAAGCCUCUGCUUAAGCGUGUUAUGCAGCGCUGGCUGCCGGCUGCUGACGCCGUGCUGGAGAUGAUUGUGGUGCACCUGCCGUCCCCCAUUACGGCUCAGCGUUACCGUGUGGACACUCUGUACGAGGGCCCCCAGGACGACGAGUGUGCCGAGGCUAUCCGCAAGUGCGACGUCAACGGUCCUCUGGUCAUGUACGUGUCCAAGAUGGUGCCGACCUCGGACAAGGGCCGUUUCUACGCGUUCGGCCGUGUGUUCGCCGGUAAGAUCGCUACGGGCCAGAAGGUCCGCAUGCUUGGCCCUAACUACGUGCCCGGCAAGAAGACCGACCUGUGGGUCAAGAACAUUCAGCGUACCGUCAUUAUGAUGGGUCGCUACGUCGAGCAGACCCCCGACAUUCCGGCCGGUAACACGUGCGCCCUGGUGGGUGUCGACCAGUACCUGCUCAAGUCUGGUACCAUCACGACGUCCGAGACGGGCCACACUAUCCGUACCAUGAAGUUCUCCGUGUCGCCCGUUGUGCGUGUGGCUGUGGAGCCCAAGACUGCUUCGGACCUGCCCAAGCUGGUGGAAGGCAUGAAGCGUCUGUCCAAGUCGGACCCUAUGGUUCUCUGUUACACGGAGGAGUCAGGCGAGCACAUUAUCGCUGGUGCUGGUGAGCUCCACCUUGAGAUCUGUCUGAAGGAUCUGCAGGAGGAGUUCAUGGGCACGGAGGUUAAGAUCUCGGAGCCUGUCGUGUCGUACCGUGAGACGAUCACGGGCAACUCGUCCAAGACGUGUCUGUCCAAGUCGCCAAACAAGCACAACCGUCUCUUCUGCGAGGCCUUGCCUCUUGGUGACGAGCUGACUCAGGAGAUUGAGGAGGACAAGGACGAGGUCACCCCUCGUCACGACUUCAAGCUUCGCGCUCGCUACCUGGCUGACAACCACGGCUGGGACGUGACUGACGCCCGUAAGAUCUGGGGCUACGGCCCGGACGGCACGGGUGCCAACCUGUUCGUGGACUCCACCAAGGGUGUGUCGUACCUGAACGAAAUCAAGGAGUCGGUGCUUGGCGGCUUCAACUGGGCCACCAAGGACGGUGUGCUUUGCGAGGAGGUCGUGCGCGGCAUGCGUGUCAACCUUCUGGAUGUGGUGCUUCACGCUGAUGCUAUUCACCGUGGUAUGGGCCAGAUCCUGCCCACCACCCGUCGUGUGGUGUACGCUUGUCAGCUCGUGUCGGAGCCUGCUCUGAUGGAGCCGGUCUUCCUUGCCGACAUCCAGGUUCCCCAGGACGCCGUUGGUGGCGUGUACGGUGUGCUGACCCGUCGUCGUGGUCACGUGUUCGCCGAGGAGCAGCGUCCGGGCACCCCCAUGAUGCAGCUGAAGGCUUACCUGCCUGUCAACGAGUCGUUCGGUUUCACUGCUGACCUGCGUCAGGCUACGGGUGGCAAGGCCUUCCCGCAGUGCGUGUUCGACCACUACCAGGUUAUUGGCGGUGACCCGACCGACUUGGGCAACAUGUCCGGCAAGCUGGUGAACGGCGUGCGUGUCCGCAAGGGUCUGUCCCCGGAUGUGCCCCCUCUCGACCGCUUCUACGACCGUCUGUAAGGCGUUUAGCUCGAGCAAAGUCUUCUGGCGUGGUGAUGACCUGUGCCUUUAGCGCGGGCGAGUCUCAUGAGUGUAGAUUUGUUUCGGCUUUCUGACUCGGUUAAACAUCGUUGAACGGAAAUGCCUCUUUUUAUAUCUGCA